CGUCUGAGUUUCAUUAGUAUCUAUGGGAAUUUGAUUUCUGGUACAUUACCAUCUUCAUUGUUUAAUCUUACAUCACUGUACUAUCUCGCCAUGGCUGAUAACAAGUUUCAUGGAAGCCUUCCGAGUGACAUGGGUGUUACUCUGCCUAAUCUCCAAGUGCUUGGCGGGGGAUUGAACUCAUUCACAGGAUCUAUGGCUUCUUUGUCUAAUGCUUCUGGUCUGACAGUUGUUGAUUUUGCAGACUGCAUUAAGUGGGUCCAUUCCUGUCAGUUUUGGAGCUCUCCAUGAAUUGGUUUGGUUCAACUUUGGCAAUAACUCCCUGCAGGUUGACCAGGAAGUUGGCAUGGGUUUCAUCACUUCAUUGACAAACUGCACUUCCCUACAAGUUUUGGGUCUGGAUAGUAACCAAUUCAGAGGUAUGCUUCCUAACUCUGUAGCCAAUCUUUCCUCUCGUCUCAUCAUGCUCAAUCUUGGCUCGAACCAACUGUAUGGGACUUUUCCAAAUGGGAUAGAAAACUAUGCCAACUUAACAUUACUGAGCUUAGAGAGAAACAUGUUCAGUGGCAGCAUCCCUGUUGGCAUUGGCAAGUCCAGUAAUUUGCAGAAGUUGUUCUUAUAUGGGAACAGAUUUUCUGGGCAAAUACCAUCAUUUAUUGGGAAUUUAACUCAAUUGUAUGAGUUACUUCUGCAAGAAAACAGUUUGAGUGGAAGGAUACCGUACAAGCUAGGCAGCUGCAAGCAUUUGAAGUUGCUGAAUCUUUCCAGUAAUCAACUCAGUGGAACAAUACUCAGUAAUCUAAUGAGCCUCUCAUCAAUGUCCAUUGCCCUUGACUUAUCUAGAAACAAGCUUGAUGGCUCCAUUCCUUAUCAAAUUGGCAGCUUGACAAGUCUCGGAAUGCUAGACCUCUCUGAAAACAAGUUAUCAGGAAACAUUCCAUCAUCCCUAAGCAAUUGUAGGAGUCUGGCCGGAGCACUUGAGACUGCAGGGAAAUUACUUUCAAGGUACUAUUCCCCUGGUUUUGAGUUCAUUGUCAGGAAUGCAAGAACUAGAUCUUUCAAGCAAUAAUUUCUCUGGUUUUAUACCAACAUUUCUGGAAAAGUUCUCUUAUCUGCAGUAUCUAAACUUGUCUUUCAAUGACUUCGAGGGUGCAGUGCCAACUGAAGGAGUUUUCAGAAAUGCAAGUGCAUUCUCAGUUAUGGGUAAUAGAAGACUCUGUGGAGGCAUAUCAAACCUUCACCUACCUUCAUGCUUUGACCAUGAAUUUGGAAAGAAAGAAAAGCAUAUAAUCAUCAUAUUAGCAAGUAUAAUAUCUGCUCUUGUCCUCAUCGUGUUGAUUUUACUAGCAGUUUUCCGCAGAAAGCUUUGCAUCACAAGAAGAUCAAAGUCAUUAGACAGACAACUGAUUGACGUAGGACACAUCAAGGUUACAUAUGGAGAGCUCCUUCGAGCAACCAGUGGGUUCUCUUCACAAAACCUGAUUGGCAUUGGUGGAUUUGGCUCUGUCUACAAGGGUUUUAAUGUAUGUGGUGAACCAGUUGUUGCAGUGAAAGUGUUCAACCUCACAGAUCAAGGAGCUUCCAAGAGCUGCAUGAAUGAGUGCCAUGCAUUGAGACACAUAAGACAUAGAAACCUUGUCAAAGUUAUCACAGCAUGCUCUAGUGUGAAUUUUCAAGGAAAUGAAUUCAUGGCCCUGGUUUAUGAGUACAUGCCAAAUGGAAAUUUAGACCAGUGGUUGCUGUAAUGACUUAAUUGUCACCAAAAGAAAUCAAUUGACAAUGAACAAUCAAACUGAGAAAAUUCUACAAAAGUAACUGCUCUUAAUCAAUGGAAUUCACUGAUUUUGAAUUUAAUCAAGAGAAACUCAAUGAAAUCUCCAGAUCUAGCAGUAAUUACAGCCUCAAUUCUCCAACUCAUACAUCAUUCAUCCACAACAACUCAAAUCUAUAGUUUCAUUCACCAGAAACAACACAAUUAACAAACAUUCCAAGCAAAAUCAAGGGUUCAAGAUCAGAACAUUCUCACCCAGAUUACAGAAAGAAAGUGCUGAAAAUGAAGAUAGAAUUCCAGAUAAAUUCCGGAGAAAACCUCAGAACCAAAUCCCUGCUCUCAAGCUCCGAGAGAAACCAGGGCCCUCAUCCUUCCAAUUUCUGCUUCCCUUUCUCCUUCUCCAGUCCUCCUUUUAUAUUCUGUUUAAUGGCUGGUAUGAUGUACCCGCGAAGCUGCGUCGACACGUGUCUUGAUCGCCACAGGCCUGCAGAUUCCUCUCUCCUUUGUUGACUAUCUUGACCGGCAGCUUAACAGUUGCAUCCAGUGAUGAGAUAUGGUGAGUUGCAGCACUUUGGAUACCUGAACCUUAUCAGAAGGUUGAACAUAGCCAUAGAUGUUGCAUCAGCGCUUGAGUACCUUCACUUCAAUUGUCAUACAACUAUUGUUCAUUGUGACCUUAAGCCCACAAAUGUUCUUCUGGAUGAUGACAUGAUUGGCCAUGUUGGAGAUUUUGGGCUUGCCAGGUUUCUAGCAGAAAUCCCAGGUGAAGUUUCUCAAUAUGAUCAAAACUCAUCUCAUCAAGUCAAAGGAUCACUGGGAUAUCUCCCUCCAGGUACAUGCUAUUCCUUUUAUUCAAUGCUUGCAUUCCAUUAAUGUUAUAUUUUGAUAGUCAUAUUGGCUUGGCAUUGCA